ACCUGGUUUCGUUGUGGGAUCAUACGAAAGACAGCUGACCACGUCGCAGCGGCGAUCGCCCUACUCUCGAAUUGUAUGGGGAUUGAGGAGCAUGAUAAAAACAAGAUAGAAAGUAUUGGCACCGACCACUAGUGUGAUUAGAAAAUAGAAAGUGCGAAAUGAAUUUCUUUUGGAGGUUCGAUUUAACUCUCGUUUAACUACGGGUUUCCUUGAACACCUUACUACAAUCAGAAGAACAGCAUCAAUGGCCGAUGGAUUCUAACAUACACUCAGAGUUGAUACUGAAGACAGAGGACGAGGAGGUCGAAAGGAAAGACAAGGUAGAAGAGGAAGAGGAGCAGACAAUUAAGGACGGAAGUAAAUGUAAAAAGGAACCAGAUCUGGGAAUACUCCCAAGACCACUUGUCUGUAAACCUGAGAAUAUCAGUAUCGAUUGUAAGACAGAACCCAUUGAGACAAAGUGGCACUGGGCACCAGGCGCUUGGCAGGAUGCUACUAGAACCAGUGCCUUCCAACCAUACAAGCCUCCAACUUUGCUAACCAACCUUCAGAGAGGCAAUACUCAAACCGAGAUUCCUCAGCUGUACGAAGGAAGCGGUGUCACAUUUCAUAUCCUAGCAGGGCAAGGGGAACUUACUCCCAAUGACGUGCAGCCAGGCACCGUUGACAUCCCGGAUGAGAAAGGAUUAACAGGGCUGAUGUGGGCAGCUGGAUACGGACAACUGGGAAGUGCACGCCAACUACUUAAUGCUGGAGCAGAUAAAAACUAUCGUGGCUUAGACGGAGAGACACCGCUACACCUGGCAGCAGCAUAUGGGCACCACGAUUUAGUCAAAUUACUUCUGAACAAUGGUUCACAACCCGAUCCAAGUGAUGAUGAAGGAAAUACGCCUCUAAUAUACGGUGCUCAAGGAGAUCAUCCUCAUGUAUGUCACGAACUCCUUUCUAGGGGUGCUGACAUAACACAUAGAAACAUACACAAUGUUACUGCAUACCAAGCAGCACUGUCAAACAAUGCAACUACAGCAAAAGCAGUCAUCGAAAACUACCUCAUGCACGAACUGAUGAGUUUACCAUCAGACAUAUCAAACUUUUGUGACCUACUUUCCAAUGAAAAGGGAGUCAAGCUCGACCCGAAGUGAGUAACGUUUCAACUGGAAUGAUUGCUUUCUUCAUUAAAAGCCAUUCACUAUGUGGACAAUGCAUCGUGCAGCAUUGCCUAUUCCUAAACUAAGUUUAAGAAUAUUAAAGUAAUGUCUCCCAACUAGUUACCAAUAAUUUUUUGUCAAUUGAUUAUUGUAUCUUCAUUUUCUUUGUAGUUUAUGGUAAUUUAUUAAAAUGUAUAUCGUGACUGUAUAAGGAA